UUUCUCCAGGAGUCCGCGGGAAUGGGGUGGAUCAUCUGCAGGGCCUCGACCGCAGGACCAUGACGACCUGUCCCGUCCUGCAGAAGGAGACGCUGUUCCGCACAGGAGCCAAUGCUUAUAGAAUCCCUGCUCUGCUCUACCUGAAGAAGCAGAAGACCCUGCUGGCCUUUGCAGAAAAGCGAGCCAGCAAGACGGAUGAGCAUGCCGAGUUGAUCGUCCUGCGAAGAGGAAACUACGAUGAAGCCACCAACCAUGUCAAGUGGCAACCUGAGGAAGUGGUGACCCAAGCCCAGCUGGAAGGCCACCGCUCCAUGAACCCAUGUCCCUUGUAUGACAAGCAAACAAAGACCCUCUUCCUUUUCUUCAUUGCUAUCCCUGGGCGUGUAUCAGAGCAGCAUCAGCUCCAAACUAGGGUUAAUGUCACACGGCUAUGCCAUGUCAGCAGCACUGACCAUGGGAAGACCUGGAGCCCCAUCCAGGACCUCACAGAGACCACCAUUGGCAGCACCCACCAGGAAUGGGCCACAUUUGCUGUGGGUCCUGGGCACUGUCUGCAGCUGAAGAACACAGCUGGAAGUCUUCUGGUCCCUGCUUAUGCUUACCGGAAACUGCAUCCUGCCCAGGAACCUACCCCCUUUGCCUUCUGCUUCAACAGCUCUGACCAUGGGCACACGUGGAAAAUAGGCAACUUUGUGUCUGAGAACUCACUAGAGUGUCAGGUGGCUCAGGUUGGCACUGGAGCUCAGAGGAUGGUGUAUCUAAAUGCUAGGAGCUUCCUGGGAGCCAGGGUCCAGGCACAAAGUCCUAAUGAUGGCCUGGAUUUCCAGGACAACCAGGUAGUUAGUAAGCUUGUAGAGCCCCCCUUCGGGUGUCAUGGAAGUGUGGUUGCCUUCCGCAACCCCAACUCUAAGCCAGAUGCCUUAGACACGUGGCUGCUUUAUACCCACCCUACAGACUCCAAGAAUAGGAUCAACCUGGGUGUGUACCUCAACCAGAUGCCACUAGAUCCCAAAGCCUGGUCAGUGCCCACACUGCUGGCCAUGGGCACCUGUGCCUACUCCGACUUACAGAACAUGGAGAGUGGCCCCGAUGGCUCCCCACAGUUUGGGUGUCUGUACGAAUCAGAUAACUAUGAAGAGAUCAUUUUCCUCAGGUUCACCCUGAAGCAAGCUUUCCCCGCUGUAUUUCAUGCCCAGUGAUCUCAUUGCAUGUGACCCAAAGGGCUUCCUUGUGCUUCAAAAUGCCCAUCUCUCUUUUCUUCGAGCAUCCUCUGGACUCUUGGGUCCCUUCCUUGACUCUUUGUGGGCUUUGCUGUUUCAGCCUUCAAAGUGGAUUCUAUUUUUAGUGUAGAAAUCAAAGAAGCCUGGCUUUCCUCACCUUGUUGGCAGGGAAGGUAGGGACAGUAUAUUUAGAGGUUACCAUUCUGCAUGUUGGCUGUCACUAUGUUAACUUAACCCGUCUGUUUCCCCAUGCCUAGUUUUUGUAUGAGUAUUAAUAAAUUAUCCAACCU